GCAGAUGCGCAGCAAAUGUAUAAAGUGGAGGAGUAUUUCACAAUCAAGGGUCAAAAUGCUCAACCAGCUCAACUGUUUUCAGUCUUCAGAGGGUGCUCCUUUUACAAGAAAUAAAUUGACCUCCUCUAGUGGCCUAACGAGCUACAGACAUAUUUGUAGAAGAGUUUGGAGUGAAAUAAUCAUAAAAGUAGAUUUAGGUCCCAAAAUUCCUUUUCAUUUCAGUUAAAAGGAGUUGAGCCACGUUGGUCGGUUUGGAUGUUCUGAUAAGAAUGAGAAUCUAGAAGGGACUUAGAAAAGAUUUCCCCUAGACAAUUUUCGCACCUUUUAACGUGAUAAAACCAUAGAUACUGUAAUCUUCGUUAUUUUGUGAUACAAACAUGCUAGGCCUUGGCAAGAUUAAUCUCUUUGCGAAAAUUCUCCUCUUGCCCAUCCGCUUUCAUUCAAACAGACAACUGCGCUAAUUCGGCCCCACCUACAUUGUUGUAAUUGGAUUUCUGCUACGUCUUCUAAAAAAUGAAAUCAGACUAUGGAAUAUAACCAAAGACCUGUAUUAUUAAAAAGUCAAAUCCCAGGAGAUCUUUUCUUGCACUCCUUUAGUUCUGUUUGAUCUAUCAAUAAUGGCUUUAUUUAAAUGCUAAUCGCCUUUAUUUGAUCAAUUAAUUCAAAAGGUCGAGAACAGACUAGAAUGGUAUUGGAUACGUUGUCAGCAAACAGAAAGAGUCCUACGACAUCGAUCUUGUUAACUCUCAUCGUAUAUCACAAUUACAUGGUAAAAUUUCAGGAACACUUCUCGCCUCAGCUAUCGGAAAUUUAGCUGCUUUUCUACGCAUACAGCAAGACAAUUCAAUCAGGAUUAUUUUAUUUCAACAAAUCAAUGGAAAAUUUCAUGGCAGACUUGGGAAUUAGGCACAAGGUUCUCGAUGCAGUUGUUUCUCAGAGCAAAGAGUUCGACUCAGAGUUAUCAGAUUUUGAAGAAAUUGGUACCCCUUUCCCUAGAGGUGCCCAUUUAUCAGAUAACGAAGUGAAUGCUAACGAAAAUGGUCAUUCACAAAAUCUCAAAGUUGCUUCUUCGAAGGAUGUAAAGAUUCCAUGCCCCACUACCAGCCCAAAGUUAAAAGCAAGCGGAGUGGCUGUGAUGAGUAGCAUAGACUUAACAAGAAAGGCCCUGCAGCGAUUUUACGAGAAAAGGGUACAACCAGGCCUUGCAAGAAAACAAAGAUGUGAAGAUAUUGCGUAUGCGGUAACGCACAAAAUUUUACGUAAAGUGCAAACAGUCGAUGACCGUUUUCGGGGAAAUGGCCUUGUACCACAUGGUAUACCAUAUGACGGUCUGAGAGCAGGUGACUCGAUCCAAUUCGAAAUGAUUCUUAAUCUUCCACUUGGAAUUAGGGAUACUCUUUUUGUUAAAAAUUAUGGAGAAUGCCCGUUUGUUCGUAUUCAACCGAUGUCAGGAGAAUUGUGGAAAGAUUGUAUAACAAAAGGAGGUUUUAUAUCCGCCUCAAAAAUACAAUCACUUUUGAGGAAAUAUGUUAAACAGGCUGUCCAUGUUAUUCGGAAAUACAUCAGUCAGGGGAAGAUUGAAAAAUAUCCCAAAGACCUCAAGAGUGUGUUUGUGGAAGGAAUGAAUGGCCUCAAUCUUGUCAUUAACAGAGAUAUACACGUUCAAAUUUUGCCUGCAUUUUGCAUCCCUGAUUCUAGAAGCGACUUUGCUCGGCGAGAUUGUCCUUCAAGUUCUCAUGUCCUGUGUUGUCAAAAGAACUCUAUGGACACUACGCUUAGUUCUGAUACAACUAACUGCCCUGACUGUAGUAUUCAAAACCCGAAAGAUAUUAUCAGUGCCUGGAGGAUAUCUUUCUUUGUUGCAGAAAAAAAUAAAAUGCGAUCCCUGGCUAAUGGGUGCAGAAUUCAGCUCCUGAGAAUAUUGACGGAGAUCAGAGACAACGAGGAAGUGUUAAAGAAGAUCUCAUCAUACCAUCUGAAAACAAUACUUUUCUUCCAGUGCGACGAGCAACCAGAUGUUACAGAAUGGGAUCAACGUUUCCUUGUGGAUCGAUUUGGCGAUCUUCUAAAACGAUUAAAAAACUGUUUGUUAGAUGGAUCAAUCCCGCACUACUUCCAGAGGCAACCCGAAUUCCCCCCUUUUAAUUUGCUGGAUGGGAUCUGUUCUGAGGAGCUGGAGCACAUGGCAGUACUUAUAGAACAGCUUAUUCAAGAUCCACUGCCGUAUUUAAGCAGUGAGUGGGAAAGAAAAAGAAAUGAGUUCUGGCCAUGGGAAGAUCAGUUUGAUCCUUUGAUCGUUAAGGAAUAAAUUACUAAAGGAUAACAUGUAAUUGAUGGAACGUUUCUAGCAAAGUACAGUGGUAUGAAUAAGCAAAGA